UCCACCUCGGGCAGAGCCGCCGAGGGCGCUUUAGGGGCUGCGGGCAAAUCGUGACGGCUGCAGCAUCACCCUCGGGCCCCGACCAGAGGAUCUGCAAAGUCUGAGAGCAAAUUGCAGAGUCGGCGGCUGGUUUUUUCCUGCCUUCACCGGCUUCGCUGCCUUCCCGCGAGCCCGGCAUGCCCCGGCCCGCUCCUCACCAUCAGCCCGAAUAAAACCUUUGCUUUGACGAGUGUUGCACUCACGGCUGUGCCUUUUGGCGGUUGCAUGUGAAUUUAGCAUUUUUAUUCCUUUUUUUUUUGGUAGUUCUGAAGGGACCCCAGACCUUCGCCUGGAAGGAGCCGAUGCGAUGGAAGGAGAUCAGCCCCCUCUGACUGCAGGAGAGCUGACAACCCCCUUCCUGAAGAAGGCUCACACCCCACCGCUCCAUGAGGACGCCAACACUGUGGUCAUCGCAGUUGUCAUCACCCUGGUGUUCCUCACGCUGCUGACAGUGCUGGUGGUGAUCAUCAUCUACCUGUACAGAAACAAGGGCAGCUACCUCACCUACGAGCAGCCGGCGGCAGAGACCGACAUGUCGGUGCAGAUGGAGGAUGCUCCAUCCAAGGAGAAAGAAGAAUAUUUUAUCUAAGCCACCAGGCCCAGACACACCUCUCUGGUGCACUCAAGUCCAAGGUGCCUAAAUUUCCUGGAGUUGGGAACCUACAAGCUGCUUCUUUUUUUUUUUUCCUUAAUUUAUUAAGCCAACCACAGAAGGAAAAAUAAAAAAAAGUGCGUGGCAGAACUUUGCCCGUGGCAGAGCCAGGGCAGGGGGUACUGCAGCAGGAGUGGAACAGGCACGGCCACACUCCAGCUGCUCGCACCCACCCAGCUCCUCCCUUUGGUGCUUUCUAAUACAGCCCAGUGCAAAACGCUCCAAGAGUGGCUCUUUUCUUUCUCCUUGUCUCACACAAUUAAGUUAUUCUGUCAAUGAU